AUGAAGGCCGUCUUCAACCUCGCCGUGCUGGCGGCUCUGGCCAGCAAUGCCUUCGCUCAGACGUUUACCGACUGCAACCCGCUCGACAAGACCUGUCCCUCCGACCCGGCGCUGGGUACGGAACAUGAGUGGUAUUUCAACACCACCCUCGACACUACCAUCUGGAACAUGACCACCGGUGACUACACCACCACAUCUGACGGAGCCGAAUUCACCCUCACCAAGGAAGGACAGUCGACCCUGCUUCAGUCCAACUUCUAUAUUUUCUUCGGCGUGGUGGAAUCCUGGGUCAAGAUGGCCAAGGGCAAGGGUAUCAUCAGCAGUGUGGUGCUGGAGUCGGACGACCUUGACGAGAUCGAUUGGGAAUGGGUUGGAUACAACACCAGCCAGGUGCAGAGCAACUUCUUCGGCAAGGGCAAUCACACCACCUACAACCGAGGCGGCUUUCACGCCGUCGCCAAUGCCGAUACCGAAUUCCACAACUAUACCACCUACUGGGACCAGAACAAGCUCGAGUGGUGGAUCGACGGCGAUCUCGUUCGCACUGUCCCUUAUUCCACGAGCAGCACCGUCUACGGCAAAAACUAUCCUCAGACGCCCUGCCAAGUUAAGAUCAGUAACUGGCCCGCGGGUACGAAGAGCGCGGAUCCAGGCACCGUUAUAUGGGCUGGUGGUCUGGUUGAUUACAGCGAGGCACCUUUCACCAUGACCGUGCAGAAGGUCCGCGUCCAGGAUUUCCACACCGGCAAGGAGUACAGUUACGGUGACCACUCCGGCUCCUGGCAGAGCAUCAAAGUCACGCCAGGAAACUCCACCGCUCUCGACCACAUCAACAACCCGCCCAAGUCGCUCUCCGAGAAGUGGGACGACCUAGGCACGGGCGCCCACGUCGGCGUUUACGCCGGAGCUGCCGCCGCCGGAACCCUCGUCUUCGUCGCACUGGGUCUGUAUUGCUUGCGCCAGCGCCGUAAGGGCCGCCUCGAACACGCUCUCGACACCGAUCAAGACGCCACAGACCGCAACGAGAUGCAGAACUAUCAAAACAGCUGGAAAGCGACCGAGUGGCGAAACAGCGGUUACCGCCCGGUCACUUAG